AUGGGCCAGCAACCUUCCCAGCCCAAAAUCACGGCUCAGGAUAAGGCAAUCUUCCAGCUCAAACGGCAAAGAGAUAAUUUGAAGCAGUACGAGCGAAAGCUUAACACAGUCAUUGACAGGCAGACGGCAUUGGCCAAGCAAGCACUUAAAGAUGGCAAACCAGACAAAGCCAAAGUGUUUUUACGGCUGAAAAAGCAUCAGCAGAGUGUGAUCAGCACUACUUAUGAUCAGCUAGGCAAUUUGGAGAAUCUAAUAGGAACAAUCGAGUUCAAGUUGAUUGAGAAAGAUGUUUUGUAUGGAUUGACUCAAGGUAACGAGGUGUUGAAGAAGCUCAACAGUGAGAUGAGUGUUGAGAAGAUCGACAAGGUAUUGGACGACUUGGAGGAUGAGCGGUUGAAGGUCGAUGAGGUGAGCGACAUGCUCGGGUCAGGCCUCAGUAAUCAGGAUGAGAAUGAGGUGGAGGAGGAGCUUGAACGGUUGGAAGAGGAGGUUUUGGGCAAGAAGGUCAAGACAGAGCCUCAGCCUGAUGUCAAGGUACCAGAUGUUAAGUUACCUGAUGCGCCUACCUCGGAGUUUAAGGAUUCUGUGAGAGAAGAUCAAGAAGAGGAAGAGGAACAAGAAGACAAGGUGCUCCAGGAGCCACUAGCUGCAUAA